AUGUACAACAGACCAGUAACAUGCCUUCAUCCUAACAUCAGUGAUGGGACAGAAGUCUCCUGGGAGCACCACAAACAGCCUUUAACCCAAGAAACCUAUGAAUCCCUGGCCUUCCCAGUUGCUGCCAUUGGAAUUGUGGGAAUGUGCAAUAAUUUCCUGGUGAUAUAUCUAUACUACAGAUUGAAGCGACUGAGGACACCCUCCAACCUACUUCUAGUUAAUAUUAGUCUCAGUGAUUUUUUGUUCUCUUUCUUUGGCGGAGGCUUUACUUUCAUGUUAUGUGUGGGAAGGCAGUGGAUCGUGGAUGAAGCAGCAUGUGUUUUCAUUGGGUUUACCAAGAAUCUGUUUGGUCUUACCUCUGUUUUCACACUCACAAUCUUUGUGUAUAAACAAUAUAUUCAGGUGAUGUAUGAAAGAUUUGUUGAUUUCUCUUGGUCUUGGAGAGCAAUUAGUUGUAUCUGGAUCUACUCACUUUUCUGGACUGCAACCCCGCUUAUUGGAUGGAACAGAUACACCUUUGAAAUCCAUGGACUUGACUGUUCCUUAAAUUGGAUACCAAGAGGUCCCAAUGAGAUAUCAUUUAUCUUGUUUUUCUUUCUUGCUUGUCUUGUAGUACCACUGAGUAUAAUAUCAUACUCCUAUGGGCACAUUCUAUAUGUCAUCCGUAAGCUGCAAGGUAUACCAAAACUCCAGAUCAAUCAAGAAAUCAAGAUUCUAAAUUAUGAAAUUAAAGUGGCCAAAAUGUAUGGCUUGACGAUUCUGCCAUUUCUACUCUGCUGGAUGCCAUAUACAUUGAUUUCUCUGUUGGCAACAUCUGGCUACGGCAGCCUAAUCACUCCAACAAACUCCAUGUUACCAUCUUUCUUCGCAAAAUUGGUUGCUGCAUUUAACCCCGUUUUAUACAUAUUUAUGAUUAAAAAGUUCAGACAAGGCACACAGAUCUUAUGCUUUCAAUGUCUCCAGAGAUUGUUAAAUGGCAGACAUCGCCACAGGAACAGAAUUCGACCGAUCGGCAUUUCCCAACAAGCAGGCCAUGGAAUGAAGAAAAAGAUUUGGUUUAGUUCCUCAUCGACUUCGUGUACUGUAAGCACAGUACAAACUGAAACUCACCAGUCCAGCAAGGAAACUAAAGUCAAUGCUAUGAAUGCAAAACUUAUUAAUGUCCAACCAAUAUAGAGGUUUCU